AUGUCUCCUCGUUCACGUUGGGCCCGCCUUCUCCCGCUAGUGCUCGCCGGUGUAACGACCGCUGCUUCGCUGCACGAUGCGCCCCUCCGUCGGCAGCCCUCAGUCACGCCGACAGGGACCACCAUCAACUUCACCAACGUCGCGAACCCGUUCAACUUUAACGUCGUGGACCUUGCGGGCGACAACCAGGUCAUUUAUGUGGCGAACAUCACCAUCGACGGGCGAUCGUACGAGGUGCAGCUCGAUACGGGUAGCUCGGACUUGUGGCUCAACACGCAGAACAUCACGCUCUCUUCCGCUGCGAACGACACGAACAUCUCGACCAGCGUCGCAUACGGUGACCGCACCGUGGCGUCGGGCGAUAUAUUUUUGGCACCCGCACAGCUUGGAAAUUUCUCCAUCCCUGCGCAGGCAUUCAUAAGUGCUCCGGGCACUAACGCCACAUCUGACAACGAUCUGGGUCUGAUGGGCCUCUCGAGCAAGAACCUCUCACAGAUAUAUGAGAGGCUGCAGAACACAACGUUCGGCGGUCUCCCCGUGCUCUACAAUAUCUUUGAGACGUACUCGAACGUGUCGAACUUCAUUACAUUCCAACUCGUACGCUCGAAGCUCGGCAUCACCGAGGGCGGCGUCUUCACCAUCGGCGACGUCGACCCGAACCUGAGCGCGGUCCUAAACCAGACCCAGCUUCCAGUUAUAGAGGCGCUCAACCAGUGGGUCGUGUUCAUGGACGGUAUCGUCGUCGACGGCAAGAAGUUCACUGGGCACGGAUUUCUUCCCGCCACCAAGAACAAGACGGUGGCCCUCGUUGAUAGCGGCACUUCUCUCGGUGAGAUACCCCAGUAUUACUGGGACGCGAUUUACGGGGAUAUUCCGGGAGUGGAGCUCGUCAACGCCGGUGCAGGUAUUUACGAGGUCCCCUGCGACUUGAAGCGCAAUGUGUCCCUGAUCUUCAACGGCACCGAAUAUCCUUUGAACCCCCUCGACCUUUCGUACAUCAGCAACGUGGGCGACUUCUCCGACGGCUCAAACGUGACACUCUGCCUAAACACCUUCUCGCCGAUGGACCUGAGCAACCAGGACCUCGACUUCAUCCUCGGUGACGCGUUCAUGCGCAACGUCUACGCGCUCUUCAACUUUGGGAACUGGACGGACUCGAGCGAGUGCGCGCCGCCGCCGUACAUCCAGAUGCUUUCGACCACGAACCAGUCCGAAGCUUGGGCACAGUUCGACGACGCCCAGAACGCCCGCAUUCAGCAGUGGAUCGAGCUUCAGGGCCAGUUCAACGCGACGAACGCUACGAACGCUUCAUGA